AUGCAAGCACUCGUGCCAACGGUGGACCCGCUCGUCAUCCCACCAACGACAUCCCACCCGAGCUGCAGGAGCGGCUCUAGUCCUGACCGUCCGCUGAAGUACUCUCACGAGGAAGGGACUCCGGAGAAAUUCAGAGCGUACAUCAUGCGGAUGCAUGGCGGAGUGGUUGGCGGAGGGUGGGGAGCGGAGUGCAAGGCGAACCGGUCACCAUUGGCGUCACUCAGCACCGAGACCCUCGCCUUCCUCAAUCCGGAAGAACGUCUCCUUCUUGGGCUGAAGGACCCCCUGGUUAUCACUCAACACUUUUACUUUCAUCCAACGCGCGCGUGCAUCCAUCGAGACGUUCGCUCGGCGUAUGCACCCAAGGAGGAGGGCGGCAGACUGCAGAAUAACCACGGGCGGGGCAUCUCGAAGAGUUUUUUAGAACGAACCUCCUUUCCAUCCGUGGUCGAACUGAGAGACGAGGAACUAGAGCAGCUUCGAGAAGGCGGACUCUCGUGGAUUGGAGAGAUUCUCGGCCGUGUUUAG